UGUUUCGAGGCGACAAAUUUAUCGCGAUYGCCAUAGCCUUACUGUUUUGCGCAAAAACUUUCUUUAUGUCCUUCUUUACGCUCGAUCAACAUCCACGUAACUAUCAGCUAAAAGUGCAGCGUAGCGCUUAUGGYCAUCCAACGACCUACUUAUGGGUCACGUUCCUAUCGAAUUUGACCGCUUUCAUGGCGGGUUUCUUUCUGUUUGCUGGACUCUGUGAGAGUUUAUACGCUUUCUUUUCGCCAGCUUUCGCCGUUAUCGUGUGCUUCAUUGUGGGCGAUUUGUUCUUCCAUUGCCUUUUUCUAUUCGUCGCCGUUGAAUUUCAUAUGCUUAUGGUAUUCAAUUUGUGUACCACGGUUGUGUUUGCUGGUUGCAUGUACUUUGUUUAUAGAUACUCUAAAGAAUUUGAUGAACUCAAUCCCGAGCAAGUUUUGCAGCGMAAUGGAUCUGUAAGCGAAUAAGUUGUGGAUAAGCUGUAUUUUACUUUAAAUUGAAGUGAAGAAAAAUAUUUUAAAAAUUAAACUAAAAUUACAUAUUAAAAGAUAUAUAAAAAAUCAUUACUUCAUAUGUAUACCUUGAC